AUGACCGCCGACCCCGCCCCACAGGACCCCCAGACGUGUGACGCCACCGCUCUCCCCAUCGCCGACGCCCCGCUCGACGACGACCGCCCGCUCAUCGCCAGGACCCCUCCCUCGGCCCCCGAAGCCAGCCCGGCGGCGGCGCCCAGCCGCGCGAUCGGCAGUGUCGGCCUGUUCUCGCGCGUGGCGGUGCACAAGCGUGGGUUGUCGGAAUCGGUGCCCGGGCACUUCUCCUGGGACGCCUUGGCCGCGGUGGCCUGCGUGGUGGGCCUCACGGGCUCCCUGAUAAUCUACGGCGUCCUGCAGGAGCGCAUCAUGACGGUGCCCUUCGGUCCUACGGGAGCCAUCUUCCGGCACUCCCUCUUCCUUGUCCUGUGCAACAGGGCAGCGGCGUGCUUGGCAUCUCUGUGCUGGGCAUGCACCUCCGGGCGCAGGCAGCUGCGGCCGGCGGCCCCCCUGCGGAGCUACGGCGCCGUGAGCCUGGCAAACGUCGUGGCGUCGCUGUGCCAGUACGAGGCCCUCAAGUACGUGUCCUUCCCGGUGCAAGUGGUGGCCAAGUGCGCCAAGAUGAUCCCCGUCAUGGCCUGGCAAACGGCGAUCGGGGGCAAGAGCUACUCGCUGGAGGAGUACCUGCAGGCGGUCGUGGUGGCCUCGGGGUGCGCCAUCUUCUUGCUCACGGGCCCGGUGAGGGCGGAGAGGGGGGGGAUGCUGCCGGGGGGCGCUCAGUAUAUGUCUGUGGUGGGGGGGCUGGUGCUGGUGGUGUAUCUUGUGGUGGAUGGCUUCACUUCUACCUGGCAGGACAAGCUGUUCUCGGGGCAUGAGAUGGGCCUGGCCAACCAGGUGCUGUACACGUCGAUGUGGUCCAUGGGCCUGAGCGUGGCCGGGCUGGUGGGCACGGGGCGCCUAGUGCCGUCCAUCACUUUUGUGUCGGCCUACCCGGAGGCGUGGGCGUGGAUCGGGGGAAUCUCCAUCGCCUCCGCCGGGGUGCAGUUCUUCGUGUCCCACACGAUAAAGAGCUACGGCGCGCUGGUGUUCGCAACAGUCAUGACAACGCGGCAGUGGUUCUCCAUACUGCUCUCCUGCGUGGUAUUUGGCCACCCCCUCACAAGCGGGCAGUGGCUUGGGACUGUCCUUGUGUUUGGAGCGCUGUACCAAAAGUUCUUUUACAAAAGACACGACAAAGGACGUAACUGGCGCUAA